AUCCUCGAACCACUUCGACAUCAACCAGCCAUUCAGUGAAGCACUCAGCCCAGCUAUCCGAAUCGGGAAAUCCGUCAAACAAACACAACAACAACAAUCAUGUCGAGAAUCGCCGCUCCCAUCACAAAAUUCACCAGGUCCUUGAGCACAUCUCCUGCUGUUGCCAAGCCUAGCCAUAUUCUCAAUGCCAUCAGCAACGAUGCUCGCACCCCCCGCAAGGUUCCCCUGAUGCAGGGCUUCCACAUUUCGGCCCCUACCAACGCCUCCAUCGGCCAUUCCUUCUCCACCAACGGCAUCGACGCCGUCGUUCUCCCCAACCUUGCCGCCACAGAAUUCUCUUCUGCUUCUCCUUUCCAACCCACCUACUUCGACACCAUCCGCGUCCCCCUGCUCCCAGACAACAAGACCCCCCCUCCCCCCACGGUACAGCGCAUGCCGCUCUUUGACGAGCUAAAACCCGAGCAGCGCGGCGAGAUCGCCUCCGAAGGCGACGCCGACCUGAUGGCCAACAAGCCCGCCGUCGCCGUCGUCGCCAACAAGCCCGGCCAGGUGCUCCCCGCCUCGCUCAGCCAGGAGGUUGUGGACAUGGACAACUGGACUGGCGCCGACUGGGUCAGUUUGAGCUUCGUCCGCGACAUGGCGCGCGAGGAGGCCAAGGCCCAGGAGGAGCAGGCCGGUGGCCAGGGCAUGAUUAGGGAUCUGUGGAGGGGUAUGGUGGAGGAUGUGUUUGGCGCUCCUGCUAAAGGUGGUUCUAAAGCUUAAUGUUCUCUCUCUGCCAAAGAUGAGAAGAUUUCAUUGAGUUUUUGAUCACUAAAGCGAGCGGCAAUGGGUUUGAUUCCUGUCAUGGUUAUGGGCUUUUUGGCAUAUGAGUACCUCUAUGUCCAAGAUUGGGUUUCUUGUUCUUGAUUUUGGAUGGAGCAGGUGUUUUGGGUACUUUCAUUGUUUCUCCUUGUUACGAUAUGAGGAAGACUGGCGACAACGCAUCAGCAUUAGUGUCUUUUGCAUAGUUAUUACCUAGCUGCGGGUGAAUCACUCGUGGGCUCGCUGACUCGAUAACGAAAUUGAGAAAGGCUUGAGCCUCGAAAUUCAUCACUUAAACGAUCCCGUUAUCCACAUAAUUCUUUUCUAUGAACAAGCAGCGACAUCCCUCUCCUCUUGAUAUUUCAAUCCUCACUCAUUAUUCGAGUU